AUGGCCAAGUUGGACCUUAAAAUUCCCGACCUGACCCUGCCUGACGGCGACAAGAUACCAUUUAUCGGCUAUGGUCUCGGCACCGCUUGGUACAAGUCAGAUCCAAACUCACCUAAAGAUCAGGCAACAAUUGAUGCAACCAAAACGGCUAUCAAGGUCGGCUACAGACACCUAGACGGAGCCGAAGUAUACAACACCGAGGAAGAACAAGGUAUAGCUAUUAAGCAGAGCGGAGUGCCUCGAGAUGAACUGUACAUUACAACCAAAGUCAUUACACAUAUCGAUGACAUUCCAGGUGCCAUUGACCGAAGUCUAAAGAAGCUUGGCCUUGACUACGUCGACCUGUACCUGAUCCACGCCCCGUUUUUCGCCAAAGGCGACAAUAGAUUACUUCAGCAGAGAUGGGCGCAAAUGGAAGACGUCUUGGCCUCUGGGAAAGCCAAGAGCAUCGGUGUCAGCAAUUUCCUCAAGCCUCACCUCGACGCCAUUCUUGAGACAGCCAAAGUGCGACCAGCGAUUAACCAGAUCGAAUUCCACCCGUAUCUUCAACACGGAGAUCUGCUAGCUUACCACAAGAACAAAGAUAUCCGCGUGGCGGCAUAUGCUCCACUGACACCGAUCACCAAGGCCAAAGGAGGUCCUGUUGAUGCCUUGCUGGAGUCGCUGGCAAAGAAGUAUGCUGUCAAUCCGAGCGAGAUACUGAUAAGAUGGGUUAUUGACCAGGACGUCCUGCCAAUUACCACAAGCUCCAAGGAGCAGCGCUUGAGCGACGUGCUGCGGGUUUUCACAUUCAAGCUCACGCCAAAAGAGGUUGAAGAGAUUUGCACAGAAGGCAACAAGAAGCAUUACAGAGCGUUCUGGGGCCAUGUCUUUGACGCGAAUGACAAGUCAUGA